AUGGGUUGCGGAAUGAGUACUGAGGAUAAGGAGGGGAAGGCCAGAAACGAGGAGAUCGAAAACCAGCUUAAGAGGGACAAGUUGAUGCAGAGAAAUGAAAUCAAGAUGCUUCUGCUUGGUGCUGGAGAGUCUGGAAAAUCUACCAUCCUGAAACAGAUGAAACUUAUCCACGAGGGAUCCUACUCUCGCGAUGAACGCGAGUCGUUUAAAGAAAUCAUCUUCAGCAACACCGUCCAGUCCAUGCGUGUCAUCCUCGAGGCCAUGGAGAGUCUGGAACUUCCGCUCGAUGACCAACGGGCUGAAUACCACGUACACACCAUCUUCAUGCAGCCAGCUCAGAUCGAGGGUGACUCUCUCCCUCCUGAGGUUGGUUCUGCUAUCGAGGCCCUGUGGAAAGAUGCUGGCGUUCAAGAGUGUUUCAAGCGAUCAAGAGAGUACCAAUUGAACGAUUCUGCCAGAUACUACUUUGACUCCAUUGGCCGAAUUGCCGCCCCAGACUAUCUCCCUAACGACCAGGACGUCCUUCGCUCCCGUGUCAAGACCACUGGUAUCACCGAAACAACCUUCAUCAUCGGUGACCUUACCUAUCGCAUGUUCGACGUCGGUGGCCAGCGUUCUGAGCGUAAGAAGUGGAUUCACUGCUUCGAGAACGUCACCACCAUCCUCUUCCUUGUCGCUAUUUCAGAGUACGACCAGCUCCUCUUCGAAGAUGAAACCGUCAACAGAAUGCAGGAGGCUCUUACCCUGUUCGACUCUAUCUGCAACUCGAGAUGGUUCAUCAACACAUCCAUCAUCUUGUUCUUGAACAAGAUUGACCGAUUCAAGGAGAAACUGCCUGUCAGCCCGAUGAAGAACUACUUCCCUGACUAUGAAGGUGGCGCCGACUACUCUGCUGCUUGUGACUACAUCCUCAACCGCUUCGUCUCAUUAAACCAGGCCGAGCAGAAACAAAUCUACACACACUUCACCUGUGCCACUGACACCACCCAGAUCCGAUUCGUCAUGGCUGCUGUCAAUGACAUCAUCAUACAAGAGAAUCUCCGACUCUGCGGUCUCAUAUAA